GGGGCUAGGCCUGUGUGCUGUAGGAGGGGGUGGUAGCACCAUCUGUUACACUAGGUGUAGGCUGGCGUGUGCAGCAAUUAGUAUUUGUAAACAAGCGUCGUUGGUGAGCGAGCACCACUGAUGUCUGACUGAUGUCAAAGCGAGCGUUUGAAGACGACACACUGUUAUUUAUCUACUGUGUGGAUAAGCUCAGAGUUUGGUGCGAAUGCCAUGCCACGUAAACUCAGCGCUCAAACUUCUUAUCGUAACUGUACGUAACUAUUGCGACAUUACUACAUCUUUUGCGGUUUUCUGUACGAAACAAAUCAUCGCGUGAAAAGUGAGUGGUUGAGACAUUUCACAAAAUUAUCGACCUUCUUCAUCAGAGAAGCUCAGGAGUAUCGGAAUGGAUGGGGGAAAUUUUUCACGGGACACUACCCGUAUUCUCGAAGGAACUGAUACCGGAUUAACUGUGAAUCCUGCAGAGAGGAGUAAGAAUUCAUCAACCAGGAUUUCGAUCCCAGGGGAGACUGGGACCAAUGUUUAUGAAGUGAUCGGAGGUCUUCCAGACCUUGGCUAUAACCACUUUCCAGAGGAUACUGAAUUUUCUGCCAUUAUCAGAGAGGCAGAGAUGGCGUUAGAUGCUGGACAGAAUCCGUCUCUCAUCCAAAAAGGCACCAGUGGAUGUUACUUUAUUAAAGACAGAGAAGGGAAAAUAAUAGGUGUUUUCAAGCCAAAGGAUGAAGAGCCAUAUGGACAGUUAAACCCCAAGUGGACCAAGUGGAUGCACAAGCUUUGCUGUCCUUGCUGUUUUGGCCGUUCAUGUCUUGUUCCCAACCAAGGCUAUUUAUCUGAAGCAGGAGCAAGCCUAGUGGAUCAGAAGUUGCAGCUAAAUAUAGUCCCCAAAACAAAGGUAGUCAGAUUAGCUAGUGAAACAUUUAACUACAGUGCAAUAGAUAGGGCCAAGGCAAGAACGAAAAAGAACAUUUAUGCCAAGGUUCCAUCAGUAGGUCGCCGCUUUAAUAGAAUUGGGCUUCCACCAAAGGUGGGAUCAUUUCAGCAGUUUGUUGUUGGUUAUAAAGAUGCUGACUUCUGGUUACGACGAUUUGACAAUGAGGCAUUACCAGAAUCAACGGCUAAAAAAUUCCAGCUACUCUUUGAGAGGCUGGUUGUCUUAGAUUACAUUAUUCGUAAUACAGAUAGAGGCAAUGACAAUUGGUUGAUAAAGUAUGAGACUGCAUCAGCGGCUGCUGUUACUCCUGAGACAGAAUCUACACGAGAUGAUGGUGACUGGAGCAUUGUGAGCAAUCCUGAAAUAUCCAUAGCCGCCAUAGACAAUGGUCUAGCCUUUCCAUUCAAGCACCCAGAUGAGUGGAGAGCCUACCCCUACCACUGGGCAUGGCUACCACAGGCCAAGGUACCAUUCUCAACUGAUACUCAGGAGCAGAUUCUGCCCCUUCUGAGCGACAUGAAUUUUGUGCAAGAUAUGUGUGAUGACCUGUAUGAUCUUUUCAAGCACGACAAGGGCUUUGAUCGGCACACCUUUGAGAGGCAGAUGUCAGUGAUGCGAGGACAGAUUUUAAACUUAACCCAGGCAUUGAAGGAUGGGCGGUCUCCAGUUCAGCUGGUCCAGAUGCCUGUUGUGACAGUAGAGCGGAGCCGAAUGCGACAAGAUACGGACAUUUUUACACAAAGUUUUUCUCAUCGGGCACCUUUCUUUUCUUGGUGCUAAUAGUUGCUCUUCUGGUUAAAGACUGCUGUAAACUGGUCCUGGUAUCCAUGCAAAUAGUUUGGAGCAGAGUGAAAUGUGGGACGCUGGUCAGCUCUGUCCAUUAGCUCCUCUGCCUGUUGGCAUCAGACAGCAGAAAAUGCCACCUAAAGAAUUGCACAGCCUAAGCCAUAUCUUCCUGUGAAAGCAAGAAAACAAUCACAUAAUGACGAGAAGAUGAGGUGCUGCUUUUGUAACUCAGUUGCUAAUUGCGUUUCUGUGAGGGCUCCGCAUUAAUCCCAAUUUUGGUUUGGUGGAUGCUGUUAUCUCUGUAUUGCUGGGAACAACAUCUCUUUUUCUGUCAUGCGCUAGUGCAUGUCAGGUGCUUUCAAUAAGCGAAUGGGGAAGAGGAGUUAACAUUGAAUGAAAAAGAAAACCCCUUGAAACAGCCAUUCAUUGCAGACUGGUUUGGGAUAAUUUAUUUUCACUGUAAUUUUGGUUGUAUUUUCCUUUUGACCUAUACCAUUCAUUGAGAAUGUCCAGAGCGAAAUGUUCAAUUGCUCUCCAUGCAGACGAUAUUUUUGAGUGUUGGUUUCCAGAAUCUAGUCAGCUGCAAAUCUGUUAAUCAUUAUAUGAUCCUUUCUUUUCUUUUCUUGUCUUUUUUUUCAUAUGGGCUUUGUUUAUACAUGACCUGGAGCCUUGUGAGCUCAUGUCUGUUGUGCUAUAUUUGCACUCAUUCCCGCAGGAAUUUACUUCAUUGUCUUGAACCCCUUUGCCCUAGAUUGGUAGGUAGUGAGGAAUAGGUUAUGCUGAAUCUGCAUUGGUGCUUCAGAUCACCAAUAAGUGACAUCCCCACACACAUUUGUCAUUAUAGGGAACUUAACAGGUGCAGAUCUAAGUGUAACCACAUAUACAAACCAGGAGGUCCCCGGUCUGUUCAAAAAGCUGAUUUAUAAAUAAAUUUCAUAAAAUAAUUGAGCUCGUGGUUGUUGUAGCUGAUAAGUGGGGUUAGAUCCCCUCCCGCUUCCCCCCAUCUACGUCAACCCCCUUAAACUAACCCUAUCACCACCAUCACCCUCACCCAACCCAAAACUUAAGCAAAAACCCCUAAAUAAAUGUCCUUCUGGGCUACCAGUUGGGUUAUUGUGAAACAUUACUGGUAGUCUCACUAUGACUACAGCAGCAUUUCUGUGGUGUUCACCUCUAACUUAGAAAGCUAGGAGUGAAAGUAGUCACCCUUUGAGAUCACACUGGAAAGUUGUGAAUGUCAUUUUGAGGGCUUCAUAUGGAAAAACACUUUAGAUAAUUUGGUGUUCUUGUGAAAAUGGCUGGUGUGCUUUAAAGCAUAAAAAAGUCUUUUUAACUGAAGGCUGAACGUUAUUUGGAGGGGAACAUCUGUUGCCACUCAGAUCAGAGCCAGUAGGUCAGCUAACGGUGCCACAUUAUGAAGUCUUGUUUUCAUAAUGUAUUUGCUAUCAUCAGCUUCUACUUAUUGUGUAGAGUCACAGAUCUUUUUAAUGCAAAACAUAAGAUUUACCACUCUGUGAGCCUGUGAUUCUGAAAAUCCCAGCCUUUUUGUCUAUGGGGUUUGGUCCACCAAAUGAUGUACAAAUAGUUCUAAAUACAUUUUGGGGAUACAUCUGUGUAUGUUAAGAUUCUGUAAUUCUGUUUGUGUCAUUUUCAUUUUGAGAGGGAAGGCACUUAAAAUUUCAACUAUUUAUAUUUUGAUUUAUUCUAAAUAAAAGUUUAAAACCUUCUGCAGUAGUUUGCUCCACUUGUGAAAUCGCAAGUUCAGUCAGCAUAAUAAUGUGUAUCUACGCUGUGCGGAUAGGACUCAUGCUGUCUGUCUUGUGAAAUAAUGUUUGGGCUCUUACUAAGAACAUCAGUAAAUACAUACUGGUGUAAUAGCUGCGACUUCUGAGGAACUCUCAACUCCCAUUAAUGAUCAUUGAAAUGAUUGAUACAAUUGUGAACUCCAUUCACAUUGGUAACUGGUAUUCCUGCCUGCCUGUGCAUUGCCUUAUUUUCUCUACCUUUGGCCAAAACCUCUACACAACUAGUACUUUGGGUCUGUUGAUCUUUGUGGAUGAUCUUAGGUCAAUAUAAGCAUGUAUUUUGUUUUAGAUGGAAACAUGAGUUAAGGAAUUGGCUCAGUUACAAUUAAUGUUGGUUUCUGUAUUCCAUUAUUAUAACAUACCUGUAACCAGUUUUGACAGUUCAAUAAAGGUAAAGGCUAUUUUGCUUUUUGCUUUUGUAUUGUAUCAAUCAGCAAAGUGGGUAGUGGGGGGGGGGAUUUCACUCUGCUCACAGUCAUAUAUUUUUGAUUAAUGUAUUGUCAGUUUGGAAAAUUAAACAUGUAUUUUAAUUUGUAUGGACGCCAUGUCUACAAACCCAGAAAAAUUCAGCCUUGACAAGAAAAGUUGGAGGGGUUUGCAAUUUUAGCUCUCCUUAAAAUCAGUAUAUAAUAGUGCUUUCAGAGAAGUAUUACUAUCUAAUAAUGGUAAAGACUAUGAUGAUAACGAUUUUGGACCCCUUAUCAAAUAACUUUGUCCAGAAGUCCCAUUUUAUGUACAGUGGCUGUGUAUUUUUGUAAAGUUUUAUAACUGUGCUUUCCAACUUAUCAUUUUCAGUAACCAAUUUCAUUUCUACAGUAGUCUAUCAAUAUGGGAAAGCAGUUUUUUUUUUUGGCUUGUUUUUUGUAUACAGGUACGGUGGCCACUAAGGGAACAGAUGAUAACAAAAGAUUCUGGAAUGAUCAAUGUUCUUUCAGUCAAUAUUAGAGUGUUGUACACUGAACAUUCGUAAGGGUAUAGAGAUUUCACUUGUGCUAAAAGGUGGCUUAGUUAGGUAUGAAAAAGUUAUAUUUAUUCUUUAAAAUAUCUGUGGCUUCAACCAGUAUGCUAAAUUGACUAGUUGUGGACAGCGUAUGGUGCAAACAGAGCAAAUGUGUAUUAUUUUUCUUUAUGUGUGAAAAGAUUGAGCAGUCAGAUAGUGUUUGUGCUGUGUGAAAGAGACAUUCAGUUGGCAAAACAUGCAAUUCAAGAUUGUAUAGCUGCCUUCAUGGUAAUUGUUUACCUCCAGAGCUGUAUAUUUUCGUUCAUUGAGAUUGUUAAUGUUUGAGUUUUGAAGUUUGAUCUUACCACUGGGUAUAUGUUACAUUCCAUGUUUUCCAGAUUGGAAAGAUGUGAUCCAGCCCAGGGCUGUAUUUUGUACCUGUGUCACGUAUCGAUCUAUUUGUUUACUAAAGUAAUUCAUGCAACACUAAGAUACUUGUCCUGCUACCAUGUCAUAUCCUGGUGAUGGGAAUUCAGUCACUACUCUUUUUUUAUCAUGUUAACAGUUGCAAAUAUUAAGAAAAUGACAUUCAUUGUUCAUUGGUGGGCUUAAGUUCAGUUCUCAAAAUAAAAAAGCAGCACUUAGGAAGUUGUAGUUUAUACCAUCUUUAUGAAGAUAAAAAGGUAAAAGAAAAUUUUUUUGUUAAGUAUAGUACUCUUACUUCUCCCAUCUCUUUUCAACAUUCUAAAAAUGGCUUUAGAAUACACUGGACUUUUUUUUAAAAAAAAACUUCACUUUGUCCUUCAGUGGGCGCGUGCACAUACAGCCUGACUAGCACAGUGACUGGGAAUUGCUUUUUACUCGCCAUUACUGAGGAAUCAAGGAGAGAAUGAAAUACGUGUAGAGUUAAAGAUGAAAACAAUGUGGGAAACAAUAAGGGAAAGCUAUAUCCACAGUGUCUCAACAAGGUUCAGUUGGAAAUAGGAGAACCUAGUUUUCUCAGUUAACAAGAAGGGAACCUUACUAAACAUAGGUAGUUUUUCUUUGUUUUGAGGUUUCUGAACAAAUUGACUAAAAGUUACAGUUUGAUGAGAAAUGGUUGUAAUGUUAUAUUUGCUGAAAAUGACACCAAAAGGAAUUUCUAGAUUUAUUGCUUAGGUUAGGCCUGGUUCGUUGUUGCGUAUUUAGGCUAUUGAAAAUUUUUGUUAUGCAGUUGAUAAUCCAGCUACUGUGAAGGGUUGAGUGUUAAAGUAACAGUUUUAAUUAUCAUCAGAAAAGACAAAAAAGUGACUUCAGGAUGUAUAAAAUUACAUUUGUUUAACUGUUGUAGCGUACUGUGUUUAAAUUUCUUAAAAAGAGGCAUUUCUUUAAAGAUUGUGGGUAUUUGCAAGGGGUGUCAUCUCUGCCAGACUUUUAAAGAACACCCACUGUCGUUUGUGAUGGAACAUCUUGUAUAUGCUUGACCAAGUCCUCUUCUUUUUUUUUUCUCCAUCUGUCUGUUUGCUGAUCAUGGUGUCUGGUCUUGGAUGCAUCGUGAAUUUUGAUUUAUUAAAGACUUUUGGGAAACAUUUUAUAAACACACCUGAGUAUCCAUAACAGGUAUACAGCUGACAAGUGACAGUCGAGUAAAAAAUCAGAUCCGAUAAUCAUUGUGAUUCUGUUUUCUGGGUUUGUAUUUUUUUAUUUUGAUCUCUUAACUUUGUGCUAUUGUGCAUUUUCUCAUGGAAAUGACUGCAGAUACCUGUGAUUAGUUGUGUAGAUGGGAAAAUGGAGGCAAGGAGUGGGAGAGGGGAUGGUUGUAAAAAGAAAUUUAAGACAAGAUUUGGCCACAAGACCUACGCUUGCAUAGUAAUGAUGGCGGUGGUUCCACCUACCCCUUCGUGUUUUUUUUUCUCCUUUUUGUACGGGAGGGAGUGCUACGUAAUGUAUAAAAUUUAUAGUUUUUGUCUUCCUCUGUGAUAAAUGAACGUUGGGGCAUGUCAAACGAGGUUAUUGAUUGAUUUUUUGUGGGGAGUUGCUGAUAUAGGAGUGUGUUCUGAUUUUGAAUGAAAUGGCUGCAGUUGCUGAAAUAAAAAGCCGUUUUGA